AUGUCCGCCAGUUCCACCCCAUCCAGGCGACCCCAGGCGUGCGAGCGCUGCUGGAAGCGGAAGCAGAAGUGCGACCGGCUGAUUCCAGCCUGCACGGCCUGUAGGGAGGCUGGCACCCGUUGCAGUCAACGUCAGGUCCCGGUCGAGCCAUCCGAGGAGAGCAAUGGCCUCUCGCAUGCGGCCCUGCCAGGCUAUAUCGAGUCACUGAUCCAGAGGAUCAGAGCGCUGGAAGCCUUAACGUCGCAGAAGCGACGGCGGGUAUCAUCGGACGAUCCCGAUGGAGAUGCCACGCCGCCCAUGCCGCCGGAAGGGCUGGACAGCUCAGUUCAGACAGCGUUGGGUGAGAUCGGCUUCCUUUCACGCAGCGCUAUGGCUGAGCCUCGUGAGGGGGUCAGCGGGUUCCCCCGGCAGCUCGCUAUGAGUGAGAUGAUCCAGGCAAUGCUGAGCCUCAGCGGUGCGACUCCAUCCCAGUCCCGCCGUUCAGAGGCUGAGGCCGCACCCUGGAAUCUACUCCUUGUGCCAGAUCCUCGACAGCUGCUCAGCAAAGACUUCGUGACGCCGUUUCUACGCUGCUUUCUGGACCGUAUCCAUAUUUACUAUCUGGAUUUUGACAGAGCAGAGCUGGAACAACAGUGUGAAGCCUUCUUCGAUAGGACUAGCCAUGAAACAGGGGAGCCAUCUGCAGCUGCGCAAAGCUACCGAGACGUUAGUGUCUUUCUGGCCGUCAGUAUCGGGAUGCUCCUGUCGCCGCAGGUGGGCUGUGUCGAUUUGCUGGCACAGAGUCUGCAUUCAGCGGCCGUCAAACUUCUUCCCAUGAUCCUCCAAUGCGGCAACUGUUUCAGCGAGAUGCACUGCCUGGUACUGUUGGUGGUAUAUUCUAUGCUGAGCCCCAACGGCGGGUCGACUUGGCAUCUGCUGGGGCUAGCAAUGAAGAGAUGUAUUGCCUUUGGGAUGCAUAAAGAACAAGACACAGAUUCAGCACUGCCGGUAAAGGAAUUCGAAAGGAAGAAGUCUCUCCUUUGGACGUUGUACUCGCUCGACCGAUUCGUAGGAGAAUAUGCACCAGCAUGGACCGGCCAUUUGGCAUCCAAGACCAAGACAUCACCCCAGCAACUAGGGGCUGUAAAUGCUGACGGCCAAGAUGCAUUUGAAUUCCACCUGCUCAUGUACGCAAAGCUCAUCUCGAGCAUACGCGACAGCGAUGAGCGCUGCCCCUUCUUUCACUACAAAAACAUCUGCUUCUGGAGGGAUGUUCCUCGUGAACUAUGUCUGUUUCUGGACCAGAAUGAGACUGCGCGUGAUCAUCUGAAGCAGCUGUCGUGCAGGGCGUUGAUCCAGAUCCUUUCCUUGUGUAUUUUCUCUACCUCUGAAAUCCAGGUCUCUGAAGACCCCUUUCUAGAAAUUGAAAACGAUGUGCGGAGCAGCUGCGAGCAUAUGGUCGAUCGGAUGUAUCGCUCUUUAGAUGGUCAUGCACCAGCUGGGUUUGCCUUUACCGACGGCUACGACGUCUUUGCCGCCGGGGUUGCCAUCCUCUGCACGGCGGACCUCGCAUUGAUCCAGAACCUUGCCCCAGAUUCAACAGGAAUAAGCAAAUGCGUCGCGCUUCUCACAGCAGUGGGUGGGCGCUUUGACGAGGUCAAGGUGUUCCGGAGGGUCUUGUUGGCAGCCUCAGAGCUGCGGAUGGGGAGGCAUACAGAGGAGGAGAUGAGGGUAAGCGAGCAGCCAUCCACGCCUAUGACAUACCGAGACUUAGCUGACAGCUGGCCAGAUGCUGCUCCAUCUGCCCCCUGA